AGUAGGUACCUACUAAUCAGUGAUCAGUGAUCAGUGGCUAGCAAAAGUAGAAACGUAUAUAGAUUGCCUCAGCCUGAGAAGUCAAACACAUAGUGCGUGGAAUGUGAUAACUUAGAGCAGAUACGACCGUGACAGCAACACUCGAAGCUCGUCUUGAAAAGCAAACAAAUUAGCAUAAAGAUCAACCCAUUGUUCAAGCGUAUGUCAGAGGAACACGCGUAGAACCAGUUUAAGCUUCGCCAGGCUAGACGACCCAUCGUCUGUGAGUGCUUUAGUAAUAUGUCCCUCCUAAGUCGAUUCCGAGGGUUGCCCAGUGUGCUUCUUCAACAUGCCAAAGCCAGUUACUCCAGUUCAGCUACGGCAGCUAAGCUCCAGGAACUAGCCCUGGAGGAAAAUUGCAUCCUUGUGAACGAGAAUGACCAACCGCUGGGCAAUGCCUCGAAGAGAGAUUGCCACCGGGUGGACGAGACCGGGAACAUCCGGUUGCACCGGGCCUUCAGUGUAUUUCUCUUCAAUUCCAAGGGCGAAAUGCUGCUACAGCGAAGGUCUACCCACAAGAUAACGUUCCCCGAUUGUUACACGAAUGCGUGCUGCAGUCAUCCAUUGCACGACAUUGAGGGGGAACGGGAGGAACUGAAUGCGCUAGGAAUCCGCCGAGCCGCCCAGCGGAGACUGAACUAUGAGUUGGGCAUUCCACUAAGUCAGGUCCGCCCGGAAAACUUCCAUUACCUAACGCGGAUCCACUACGCCGACAAUGGCGAUGGCGUGUGGGGUGAGCACGAGAUUGACUACAUUCUGUUCCUUCAGAAGGACGUGGAUCUGAAGCCGAACGAGAGUGAAGUCAGCGAAAUUCGUUACAUCCGUCGGGACCAACUGGAUACGCAUAUUUCCGGCUUGGACGCUCCGCUGACCCCAUGGUUCCAGCUGAUCUUGACCCACCGUUUGAAGCUCUGGUGGGACAACCUGCAUCGGUUGAAAAAGUACCAGAAUCUCAACGAAAUCGAACGAUUUUAGGCAACCUUACCAUAAGGGAAACGGUGUGCUACAACAUAACGAGGCAAUAAUUUACAAUCCGACGGGCAUCACAAUGUAGUUUAAAGCGUUACAUAUUUAAUGUUAGAUUUCAAACCGGAUCAUGUCCUACUGACGCAAAUAGGUUCACUUUUUUUAUAGCUGGUUUGAUUAUAUCAAAUAAA